CGCAGCCGCAGCGCGCUUUCCAGGGCAGCCCCAGCUCAGACUCCCCAGCGCCAGCCUUCACACCGCUUCCUCCUCAGAAAAAGAAGAGUUUUUUCUUGAACUGGAACUGGAACUAAAGUCCGUUCGGAGAUCCAAAAAUCUGCAAUACGGAGGUCAUUUGUAACCCGGAGACUCCAGGCUGGUGAGCAAGCUGAGGAGAGCAAGAGGGAUGGGGAGCGGCGCCGGGGAGCUGGGCCGGGCUGAGAGGCUGCCAGUGCUCUUUCUCUUCCUGCUGCGUUUGUUCUGCCCGGCGCUCUGUGAGCAGAUCCGCUACAGGAUUCCCGAGGAAAUGCCCAAGGGCUCCGUAGUGGGGAACCUCGCCACGGACCUGGGGUUCAGCGUCCAGGAGUUACCGACUCGAAAACUGCGCGUCAGUUCGGAGAAGCCUUACUUCACCGUGAGCGCAGAGAGCGGGGAGUUGCUUGUGAGCAGCAGGCUAGACAGGGAGGAGAUAUGCGGGAAGAAGCCAGCUUGUGCUCUGGAAUUUGAGGCUGUUGCUGAAAAUCCACUGAACUUUUAUCACGUGAAUGUGGAGAUCGAGGACAUUAAUGACCACUCGCCAAAAUUCACGCAAAAUUCCUUUGAGCUGCAAAUAAGUGAGUCUGCACAGCCUGGCACACGAUUUAUAUUAGAAGUAGCAGAAGAUGCAGAUAUUGGCUUAAACUCUCUACAGAAGUAUAAACUCUCUCUUAACCCAAGUUUCUCAUUAAUAAUUAAGGAGAAACAAGAUGCUAGUAAAUACCCGGAACUGGCACUGGAGAAAACCUUAGACCGGGAACAACAGAGUUACCAUCGUUUAGUCCUGACUGCAUUGGACGGUGGACAUCCACCCCUAAGCGGCACCACUGAGCUCCGGAUCCGGGUAACUGACGCCAAUGAUAAUCCCCCGGUAUUCAACCGGGAUGUGUACAGAGUCAGCCUUCGGGAAAACGUGCCACCAGGCACCACUGUGCUGCAAGUGUCAGCCACUGACCAAGACGAGGGCAUCAACUCAGAAAUUACUUAUUCCUUCUACAGAACCGGGCAAAUCUUUGGUCUGAAUUCAAAGAGCGGGGAAAUUACCACUCAAAAGAAACUGGAUUUUGAAGAAACCAAGGAAUAUUCAAUGGUAGUAGAAGCGAGGGAUGGUGGUGGACUGGUUGCACAAUGUACAGUUGAAAUUAAUAUUCAAGAUGAAAAUGACAAUAGCCCAGAAGUUACAUUCCAUUCUCUACUUGAAAUGAUUCUGGAAAACGCGGUGCCUGGAACACUAAUUGCUUUGAUUAAAAUACAUGACCAAGAUUCUGGGGAAAAUGGGGAGGUUAAUUGUCAAUUACAAGGCGAAGUCCCUUUUAAGAUGAUCUCUUCAUCCAAAAAUUCGUACAAGUUGGUAACAGAUGGAACCCUAGACCGAGAGCAGACCCCGGAGUACAAUGUCACCAUCACAGCCACAGACAGGGGCAAGCCGCCCCUCUCCUCCAGCAUAAGCGUCAUCCUACAUAUUAGAGACGUCAACGAUAACGCUCCGGUUUUCCACCAGGCGUCCUACUUAGUCAGUGUACCCGAAAACAACCCUCCUGGGGCCUCCAUCGCGCAAGUCUGCGCCUCGGACCCGGACUUGGGGUUGAACGGCCAAGUCUCCUACUCCAUCAUGGCCGGCGACCUAGAGCCUCUGGCACUGGCCUCUUACGUGUCCGUAAGCGCGCAAAGUGGGGUGGUGUUUGCGCAGCGCGCCUUUGACUUCGAGCAGCUGCGCACCUUCGAACUCACACUGCAGGCCCGCGACCAGGGUUCGCCUGCGCUCAGCGCAAACGUGAGCCUGCGCGUGUUGGUGAGCGACCGAAACGACAACGCACCGCGGGUGCUGUACCCCGCGCUGGGUCCCGACGGCUCUGCGCUCUUCGAUAUGGUGCCGCGCGCUGCAGAGCCCGGCUACCUGGUGACCAAGGUAGUGGCGGUGGACGCAGACUCAGGACACAACGCCUGGCUGUCCUACCACGUGCUGCAGGCCAGCGAGCCCGGGCUCUUCAGCCUGGGGCUGCGCACGGGAGAGGUGCGCACAGCGCGUGCCUUAGGCGACAAGGACGCGGCCCGCCAGCGCCUGCUGGUCGCUGUGCGUGACGGUGGACAGCCGCCACUCUCCGCCACCGCCACGCUGCACUUGGUCUUUGCUGACAGCUUGCAGGAGGUGCUGCCGGAUAUCACUGACCGCCCUGUACCCUCUGACCCCCAGGCUGAGCUGCAGUUUUACCUAGUGGUGGCCUUGGCCUUGAUCUCAGUGCUCUUCCUCCUGGCCGUGAUUCUGGCCAUUGCCUUGCGCCUGCGACGCUCCUCCAGCCCCGCCGCCUGGAGCUGCUUCCAACCUGGUCUCUGUGUCAAGUCUGGACCUGUGGUUCCCCCCAACUACAGUGAGGGGACUUUGCCUUAUUCCUACAACCUAUGUGUUGCACAUACAGGAAAGACGGAGUUUAAUUUUCUAAAAUGUAGUGAGCAAUUGAGUUCAGGACAAGACAUACUUUGUGGUGAUUCAUCUGGGGCCUUAUUUCCACUUUGUAAUUCCAGCGAGUCGACUUCCCAUCCUGAGUUGGUGAGUUUCAUUUAUGUCUAUUCUUUUUCAUUACCCACCCAAUUUUCUGUAUUUACAUGAAACUACCGUAUAUUUUCAGGUCCAAUGAGUUGUCUUAGGGAAGUUAUAGCUGCUCAGAAAGCUGUCCUACCAUUCUUUAAGAGGAGCAGUAAAUUGUGAGUUCUUAUGUCUCAUAGAAGAAGUAGCCUUAUAGAUUUACAAAGUAGUGAGAGUUUGCUCUUAGCUUCCUAGCUAGCAAAAACAUUUGGUGCUUUUUCUUGUCCUCUUUCUCAAAGCUAAUGAAAUAUACCCAUUCAUUGUCUCAUUCUUUAACAUGUUUAUAUUUUAUUAUAUGUAGAUAAGCCAUUAAACUUAAUGUAUGUAAUCAUUUAAUUCAUCUUUUAAAGCAAAGAAACUGCUAGUAGGUGUCUUUCUUCACUGAUUUCACUGGUAGUUUUCAUCUCUUUCUUAUGUUCCUCAUAUAUACUUUCUUAUUCCUACCUAAUGGAUUUAUGAUUUUUUGAAUUCCUAAAAUUUUAUUAAAAAUACUAUAUGUUGGCUGGGUGCAGUGGCUCAUGCCUGUAAUCCCAGCACUUUGGGAGGCUGAGGCGGUUGGAUCACACGGUCAGGAGUUCAAGACCAGCCUGGCCAACUCCAACAUGGUGAAACCCCGUCUCUACUAAAAAUACAAAAAUUAGCUGGGUGUGGUGGCGGGCGCCUGUAAUCCCAGCUACUCAGGAGGCUAAGGCAGGAGAAUUGCUUGAACCCAAGAGGUAGAGGUUGCGGUGAGCCGAGAUCACUCCAUUGCAUUCCAGCCUGGGCAACAAGAGCAAAACUCCAUCUCAAAAAAAGAAGAAGAAGAGGAAGAGGAAGAGGAAGAAGGAGGAGGAGGAGGAGGAGGAGGAAGAGGAAGAAUACUAUAUGUUAUGUGCAUGAGAGAGAAAGAGAGAGACUGAUUCACUGAACUGAGAAGGUCCAAAUCAUCCAAAUCAUUUUCUAAGUUUAUCCAGGUUUUCUUGGAUGCAAAAUCCUUCUCUACCUCUAUAUAAUUACCAGAAGAAACUUACAAGAAAAGGAAAUUCUAUUGCCUGAAUUUCUCUUGCUCGGAAUCCUAACAUAUAUUCUUGAAGAAGGGGAAAAAGACACCAGAUUUGUCUUAUCGUUUGGAGCUUUAAAUAUAAAUGACUGGAUGUUUUCUCAACAUCCUUGUAGGACGGAAGGUGAAUACAGAAUUAUUCCAUUUUCAAGACAAAAACUACUAGUCUUGUGUACAUACAAAGCUCCCAUUACAUGGUAUAAGUCUUUUGCUUGGUUUUCCUUAGUAUGUGAUUCAGUAAAUGGGUUCCUUACAAAGUGCUGAGAUUUCUUAUAAUACCACUUACUUUUAACCUUUCAGUAGUUUUCUUUGUUGUAUAUUUUGUGUUCUUUUUCCCAAAUUAUUAUAUAAGUUUAAGUGAUCCUUAGAAUAAUGUUUAAGACCACUUUAAAAUUGCAUAAUUUAGUGAUGAAGGAUUAAAAUAGAAACUUGCUUUUCAGUGUAUAUGCAUUUGAAUCAUUGAAACACAGUCUGUGCAUGCAUUACAUAUUCACAUUAAAAAAACUAAGCAUUUUUUGAAAUAGCAGAAAAGUUUAAGCAAUUACAAAAAUGUAAAAAUUUCCAACUUUAAUCCUGUUAAUAUUUAGCAAUAUUAGGUGAGAACAUCUGUAACUAUUGCUGAAUUAAUAUUACUUUUAUAAUACAAAAAUUUAAAAGAAACGUUUUUCCAGGAAUUUUACCAUCAAAAUAAA